AUGGAUGCCGCUGAUACAGCUCUUAAAGUUGGCAAUAUUUCUAUUAAUUUCUCGGAUUCAGCAUCUACUUCCUUUCCAUCUACGGAAUGCUGCGUCUGGCUGUCGCUUGAAGUAGAUGGUCGUGAAGUAAGCCGAACGUCUCGUAUAGCAGGGUCAAAUAAGGUAGCGUGGAAUGAGACUUGUGAAUUCAACAUAGCCGCGACAUCGGCACUGACCUUCUUCCUGCAUGUUUGCUCCAAUCCAAAAGCUUCAGGGGAAAGCUCGAUAUUUGGCAAAGUCGUGGUCGAGUCUAACCAUCUGAUUACUCAUGCGAGUAACAAUAAAGAGAUUGUGCUCGCCAUCGAACCUCCGGAACAGCACAGAUCCACCUUCCGAGGAGACCUCGUGUUCGAAGUGGAAGUAUUGAUGUGUAUCAUAAUAUCGGAAGGUGUGAAGUCCCCUGGGAUUAGUGAAGUCAAAGAGUUUGAUAUUGUCCUGCAAAGUAGCGCAGAACAAUGUUCGUGUAGUGCGGGACUAGAUAACCCUUGCGAGCACUAUGGUCGUUAUUCUCAAUCUGGCAAUGUGCAAGAGCUAGAGCUAUCUAUCAAACACUAUAGCAGUGCAUUGAGAAUGCGUCCCCCUCAACACCCCUUGCGCUCACUUUUACUCAGUAAUCUUGCUGUCGCGCUCAAGAAUAGCUUCAAGCAUAAAGGCGACCUUCGGGAUCUAGACGUAGCGAUCGAGUUACAAACUAGUGCUCUAGAAUCGCGCCCUCCCGGACAUCCACUUCGUGUCAAUGCGCUUUCUAAUCUCGCCAAUACCCUUUGGGUUCGAUUUUUGCGUACAGAUGACUUCCACAAUCUGGAUUUAGCGAUUGAACACCACACCAGUGCCUUCACUUUACGUUAUCCUGGUGACCCACAUUUGUUUAUUUCGCUCAACAACAUUUGCCUUGCGCUUGGGACUCGCUUCCAACGUCAAGGGAGAAUUGAAGAUUUAGAACAGCUUAUCAGGCACUAUACUAGUUUGGUGGAGCUUUAUCCACCAGGUCAUCCCCAGUCUUCCGACCCCCUUAGUCAUCUGGCCCAUGCUCAUUGGCAUAGAUACGAGAGGCAGGGUAACCUGCGAGAUUUGGAUUCGGCCAUUAUGUACCAUGGUUCCGCUUUAAAGCUGCGUCCCGUAGGGCAUGUUGGCCGACCUCAGUCACUAAAUAAACUUGGGAAUGCCCUCCUUUCUCGAUUUCGGAAAUUGGGCGAGGACCAUGAUAUAGGAUUGGCUAUCACCUAUUACAAUGAAGCGUUGAAAUGUUUCCCGCCAAAUCAUCCUCUUUGUUUCGAUUUAUACACUAAUCUUUCCAGCGCUAUUGCACUUCGUUAUCAGCAACAUGGCGAUCCCGAGGACCUCACAUCAGCUAUCGAAUACAACAAUCGUGCACUGACACUCUGUCCCCCUGGACAUCCCCAUCGCCCUGAGGUACUUACAAACCUCGCCAAUGCAUACAUCAUUCACUUUAGGUUAGAUAGCAAUCAAGAAGACUUAGACCUAGCUAUCGAGCAUUACAGCGUCACUCUAGCAUUAUGUCCACAGGGACAUUCCUACCGUUCUUUAUCUCUCGAUAACUUAGCCCAUGCGUAUCACCUCCGCUUCACGCAUCGUGGUGAUCUUGUGGACCUCGAAUUAUCCAUUGCACACCAUAGCGAAGCACUGGAGUUACGCCCCAUAGGGCAUCCGUACCGUCACGACUCGCUGAUCAACCUUGCUCGUUCUCUAAUUUCCCGGUUCAACGAGCAAGGUGUCAAGCGAGACUUGGAUGAGGCCGUCGAGUAUCUUAACAGUGCAUUGGAAUUAUGUCCACAGGGAAAUCCUGCUCGUCCUCUGGUCCUUACCACUCUAGCCCUUGCCCUUGAUACGCAACUUGACCAGCAAGGUGUUGUUGGCGAUUUGGACUUGGUUGUGGAACAUGUUAUCGAUGCAUUGAAUUUGCAAUCGCCGGGAGAUCCUCUACACGUGGAAUUAUUUCAAACCCUAGCUUCUCUAUAUUUUUCUCGUUUCAAAGAACGCGGCGAUCUUCGCGACAUGGAGCUGGCUGUUGAAAACUCUAGGAACGCGAUAGACCUGUGCCCUCCUGGACAUGUCGUUCUGUUUUUCUCUCUCUACGCUCUUGGCUGUGCACUUACUCUUCGGUUUCAACAUCAAGGGGACUUUCGAGAUUUGGAACAAGCUAUCGACUGUAUCACUAAAUCUGUAAAUCUUUGCCCCCCUGGAAAUCCCAAACGUGGCACAUGUCUUUCCACCCUUGCCACUGCGCUGUUAAUUAAGUUUAAACGGACGGGAGAGAUAGUUGAUUUGAAGCUAGUUAUUCAGCACUAUACUGAUGCCUUGCGUCUGUGUCCAGACGGACAUCCUCAGCAACCACACAGGGUCGGUAAUCUCGCUGCUGCCAGACGUGAACUUUUUGGUGUCCGCGGUGAUCCUAGGGAUCUGGACAUCGCAAUAAAGCUUUUCCAUAACGCAUUGGAUCGUCUCCCACAAAAGCACCCUUCCCGUAUAGCACCUCUCUGUAACGUAGCUGGUGCUCUUCACAGUCGGUUCAAGCUCCAUGGUGAAACUGCAGACCUCGAAUGCAUGCUCCGUCAUUUACAUGAUGCAUUGGAUGCCUUACCUCAUGGACAUCCACAACUUUAUGGCGUGUACCACUAUUUGUCUGGUGCAUAUAUCGCAAAAUUCUCCCUCUCGAGCAGUAUAGAUGAUCGUAAUCAGGCCUUUGAAUAUUACGAAUUAGCUUCGACAUUAUCAAGUGCGGGAUCUUCGCCUCAGUUUGAAAGUGCCUUGCAAUGGAUUGCGUAUGCAGAAGAAGAGGACCAUAUUUCGAAAUUAAAGGCGUACAUAACCACACUCAAUCUUUUAGACCGCUUUCUCUUAGUAACAUCAUCCGUCCCGAGACGUUAUAUGAUGCUCAAAGAAAUACCUUCUUCUCUAGUGCCAGAUGCUGCAUCCUGUGCCAUCCGCGAUGGCAAGGUAGAUACAGCCGUCGAAUUGCUGGAACAGGGAAGGGGGCUGCUUUGGACUCAAUUAGCACGGCUUCGGACUCCUUUAGAAGGCCUUCGAAACAGCAACCAAGAUGGGCAACGUUUAGCGGACGAAUUUGAACGGAUCACAAUAUUACUGAAUCGCGAAGACUACACGUCGCCGGGCAUAGAAAGCUCAGAGUCAUCGACCUUAUCACUCGAGGAAGCCGUUGAACGCUACCGAAAAUUGUGGGGAGAAUGGGAUGCGAUUAUCGAUAAGAUUCGCUUGAUGGAUGGUUUUGCUCAUUUCUUGAGACCGAUACCACUCGGUGAUCUUCAGAUGGCAGCCGUUCAUGGUCCUGUGAUCAUACUCAAUAUCAGCCAGUACUCUUGUGACGCUAUACUUGUCUUUCACAAAAGAGGACCCCUCCUUGUACCUCUCCCUCGGGUCACGGAUGAACAAGUUAUUCACAUGUCGGAAGACUUUACAAACGCUCUGAAAAUGACCACAGCCGUAGGGGAUGAGAAGACAAGGGAAAAGAAACUCACAUUCCUGCUGCGAACGCUCUGGGACAAUAUUGUAGAACCCAUUGUACUGGCUCUGAAGUCUGUCGGAGAUAUUGUGCCCAUAGGAUCUCGCAUAUGGUGGUGCCCUACUUCAAAGUUGACCUCUUUGCCGUUACAUGCUGCUGGACCAUACCGGAAAGGUGAAAAGAACCUGUCUCAGCUUUUCAUCUCUUCGUACACGCCAACAUUGUCCGCGCUGAUCAGGUCGCGAAGAAAGUCGACGAUUGUCAGUCCAGGGUUAGAUACUCCCAUUCAAACUUUCCUUGCUGUUGGCCAAGCGAAACCUCACAAAAGCACUGACGAAAAUGAACUCCAGUCAGUCGAUGCAGAGCUUGACUUGGUUAGGACUCUUGUGCCACCUUCUUUGUCAUAUUCUCAGGUGACUGGCGAUGCUGCGACUGUAGAUGGAGUAAUGAAUGGAUUCCGUGCGAAUGGGUGGAUUCACCUAGCCUGUCACGGCAGACAGGACUUUUCACAGCCUUUUGACUCUAGCUUUGCUUUACGUGACAAACCUCUUCGUCUCAUGGAUAUCAUUCAUGCGGACCUCGAAAAUCCCGAGUUUGCCUUCUUAUCAGCUUGUCACACUGCUCUUGGAGAUGAGAGCACACCAGAUGAAGUUAUCCAUCUUGCAGCUGGCAUGCAGUUUUCUGGAUUUCGCAGCGUUAUAGGGACAUUAUGGGCAGUCGAUGAUAAAACUGCAAUGCACGUGGUCACCGAGUUCUACAAAAACCUUUUCAACGAGGGAAUCAACUGUACAGGUGCUGCAAAGGCACUCAACAAAGCCGUAAAGAAGGUAAACAAAACAGAGGUACCAUUAGAUCAGAGGAUUGUAUUCAUUCACAUCGGAGCCUAA